ACAGAGGCAGGAACCUUCUACUCUCAGUGCUCUAUCCUAUUAUAUUCAUAGAAGGUAUCUAGUUAUUUAUUAUCUUAACAACUCACCUCCCCUUUUUGUUACCUAUUAUUGGACACAAAAUGUCUUCCCCAUCCAAUUCCUCCCACGCCGGAAAGCGCAAACGUCCCGCAACAGCGAGCUCUUCAAAGAUGGACGAGAAUCCUUUAUUACAACCAUCCUCGAGAGAUGCAUCUGGCGAAGACGGUGAUACGACAGCACCAGAGUCUGGAAGGUUAUCGCACCGCAAAAUAGACUCAACUUCCAAUGCCAACCCGGCCAAACGUCAACGUGCCAAUUCCGAUCGCGCCUCCGCCCUCGAGGCAGCCGGCUAUGCAGCAGAUCUCGGCGAGCCCAGCGAUACCACCGAAGCGAGCAUUGACAUUGCCGAUCGCGUUACGAGAAAGAGCAGGAAAUCUACUGCCAUCAAGGAUACGAUACAGGAUGAAGAAGAAAAGAAGAAGCAAGCCGCUAUGCUGCCUCCACCAACCGGUCGUCUUAUCCACCCUGUUGGAUACACAACAAACCCCCCACCUACUGGCCGUACUAUAAGGGUAUAUGCUGACGGUGUUUUCGACUUAUUCCAUCUUGGCCAUAUGCGCCAACUCGAGCAAGCAAAGAAGGCAUUCGACAAUGUUCACUUAAUAGUUGGUGUCACUGGUGACGAUGAGACGCAUAAGCGCAAGGGUCUUACCGUGCUCUCGGGCAAGGAACGCGCCGAAACAGUCAGGCACUGCAAGUGGGUUGACGAGGUCGUUGAGAACUGCCCCUGGUGUGUGACGCCCGAAUUUUUGGACAAGCAUCAGAUCGACUAUGUUGCCCACGAUGAUAUCCCCUACGGCGCCGCCGAGGGUGAUGACAUUUAUGCCCCUAUCAAGAAGGCGGGCAAAUUCCUCGUCACACAACGAACUGAGGGUGUGAGCACAACUGGUAUCAUCACCAAGAUUGUCCGUGAUUACGAGCAGUACAUUGCGCGUCAACUCAAGCGAGGAACCUCACGACAGGAGCUCAACGUGAGCUGGCUCAAGAAGAACGAGCUCGACUUGAAGCGUCACGUCCAAGACCUUCGUGAUAAUAUCCGAUCGAAUUGGACUACGACCGGCCAGGAGCUUAGUCGUGAACUCCGCCAGUACUGGCCCGCAAGUCGACCCCAGAGCCCAGCUCCGGGUGGCCGCUUCAACAUACCCUCUACUCCAGGUGCGAACGGCGAAGGCAGUCUGCGAGAGGCUGCUACUAUGGCAGCCGCUGCUAAGUCCCCUACCACACCGGGCGCACCGGGCGAGAGGCCUGCUCCCAACGAAUUUAUUACUGGCUACACUCUAGGCUUGAUUGGUGGCGUGAGAUCUUGGAUGACCAAGAACCGACGCAACCUUCGUGACAGCCGGCCGCCAAGUGACGACGAUUCAGAGAGCGACGAGAAAGCCAACGAACGUGGGCGACCAGUCGCGUCCGCUAGCUAGUUACUGAGACCACUGGGCCGCCUUCACGUCUCCACACUAGGCACGAGACCUUACGAUGGGGAUAGCCAGUUCGGUUCGGAGGAUGAGGGUGACGCGAGCAGAUCAGAUUAUGAUGAUUAA